CAGCGAGUGCAAUUUAUCGGCCAUUUCCUAAAGUGAAACAUUUUUGUAUAUUCCCGAUCGCCAUGGCCGGAUCAAACCUGUUGAUUCAUCUAGACACCAUCGAUCAGAACGAUCUGAUCUACGUGGAACGUGACAUGAACUUUGCCCAAAAGGUGGGCCUCUGCUUUCUGCUUUAUGGCGACGACCACUCGGAUGCCACCUACAUUCUGCAGAAACUUUUGGCCAUGACACGAUCAGACUUCCCGCAAAGUGAUCUACUCAUAAAGUUCGCCAAGUCCCGGCCAGAAACCUGGAGAAGACAUCUCGUGGAGGCCCUGUGCAUUAUUGGGGCCCGCAAGGUGCUCCGGAGACUGGGUUUCUGCUGGCAGGAGCUGCGAAUGCACUACUUGCCGCAUAUCGCUGGGAUCACGCUGCAUGUCCAUCCUCUGUUGAAGAGCCUCUACAGGAUGUGUGAGGAGUUGUCGUUGGUGCAGAGUGGCCGCUUGCUCCUAGAUGUUCGCGAAAAGGUGGAGAGCCAGCAGGCAGGAGAUCCACUUCGCUUCUACGAUCCCGCGUACCUGGAGAUCUUUUUGCUGGACUGGCUGACCAGAAGGAGCAUAAAGUUAGGGGACAUAAAUGCCGCAGGCAGCGAUGUUCAGCUGCUGGUCGGCCAUUUGAAGUCCAACGGUCUGCAGGCGCAAGCAAAUUUGCUCAAAGACACCAUCAUUAGUAACGCUCCGGAGCCAGAUGCGGCUGGCACUGCUGCGAUGGCAGUCAAGCAAGAGAUUGAAUCGGAUAACCAGCAGUCGUACUGUUCCACACAAAUAGAUGCUCUUAAGUUGACCCGGGAGAACGCAGGAAUCGCCUUGAUUAUCAACCAGCAGAAGUUUCACCGGAAUGUUAGCAGGGAUAAUAUGGUUUCAUCUCUGCAAUAUUGAGUAACAAAAAGAAGUACAACAUUGCCCUUCUCCACAGAAAUUUCUGUCGCCCGACCCACUGCGUAGACGGGAUGGCACGGAUGUGGAUAAAGAACGACUAAUCGAGGUGUUUUCCUCGAUGGGAUACAAUGUGGAGGCGUACGACAACGUGGAUCACAUGGGCAUCAUAGAGCGCAUUCGCAGUGCGUGCGAUAGAUCGCUCGUGCGCGAUUCCCUAGUGGUCUUCAUCCUGAGCCACGGCUUCGAGGAGGCCGUCUACGCAUCCAACAGCAUCGCCAUGAAGAUCACGGAUAUCGAGGACUUGCUCUGCAGCUACGACACCCUGUACUACAAACCGAAGUUGCUAAUCAUACAAGCCUGCCAGGAGAAGCUUGUCCAUAAAAAGAAGCCAAAUGAGCUCUUUAGGAUAGACGUGACCACCGUGUCGCCGGACCAGCACAUCGACAUGCUGCGGGCCAUGUCCACGGUAAAUGGAUAUGCUGCUCUGCGCCACACCCAAACAGGUAGCUGGUUUAUCGGGAGCCUGUGCGAUGCCAUCGAUCGCCGUUCCGCCAGUGAACACAUCGCCGAUAUCCUGACGAUUGUCACCAACGAAGUGUCUAAAAAGCGAGGCAGUAAUGACGAGUCCAUGGUGCCGAAUGUUAAAAGCACAUUUCGCCAGCACGUGUACUUUCCACCUCGUCUGUGAUUUUGGUUUUUAACGUUAGCGCAGUUGUACGUCCACUCAAAUUGCUCUAUAAAGGUAAAAAUACAUUUUUAUAAAGUUUAGUGU